GUGGUCAGUUGGUCACGCACAGAUAGAAUCUAUUCGCAUAGAAAUGAACCAAGAUUCUUAUUGUUGAAAACUAUCGAUAUCGUUAAUGGCUAUCAAAUACGUAAGACCAUUCAUAGUUAAAUGAUUUUUAGAAUUAAUUUAAGGUAUGAUGUAUGAAAAUCAGAAUAUGUUCAGGAAUCAUGGAUGUGGCCAUGGACAACCACGGAUUGUCCCGAUGAUUCCAUAUAUGUCCCAUCACUAGUAUAUUUAUAACAAUUGUCAGUUUGAACUAGGGACUUUCGUAACUCUUUGUUGGCAAUUUCAUGAUCCACCCACUGCGACUCGAUAUAAAAAGAAAACUAACUGCUCGUUCAGACCGAGUCAAAUGUGUAGAUCUACAUCCAACAGAACCUUGGAUGUUAUGUUCCUUAUACAGUGGAAAUAUCAAUGUAUGGAACUAUGAGAAUCAGCAACUGGUUAAGACCUUUGAGGUGUGCGAAGCUCCAGUCAGAGCUGUCAAGUUUGUACCCAGAAAGAAUUGGAUUAUAAGUGGAUCAGACGAUAUGCAGAUCAGAGUGUUUAAUUACAAUACUUUAGAGAGGGUACACUCAUUCGAGGCACAUUCUGAUUAUGUGAGAUGUAUCAUCGUACAUCCAACACAACCUUUCAUUUUAACAAGUAGUGAUGAUAUGCUAAUCAAGUUAUGGAACUGGGAGAAAGCUUGGGCAUGUCAGCAGGUGUUUGAGGGUCAUACUCACUACAUAAUGCAAAUAGCAAUCAAUCCUAAGGAUAAUAAUACCUUUGCUAGUGCAUCCUUAGAUCGUACUUUGAAGGUGUGGCAGUUGGGAGCACCUACAGCCAACUUUACAUUAGAAGGUCAUGAGAAGGGAGUUAAUUGUGUUGAUUAUUACCAUGGUGGAGAUAAGCCAUACUUAAUAUCAGGAGCUGAUGAUAGGCUGGUCAAGAUUUGGGAUUAUCAAAAUAAGACUUGUGUGCAGACUUUGGAAGGGCAUGCUCAAAAUGUUACAGCAGUUUGUUUUCAUACUGAGCUACCAGUUGCUUUGACAGGUAGUGAAGACGGAACAGUUAGAGUAUGGCAUACCAACACCCAUAGGCUUGAAAGCAGUCUGAACUAUGGUUUUGAAAGAGUUUGGACUAUUUGUUGUUUAAAAGGUUCGAACAAUGUGGCCUUGGGCUAUGACGAAGGCAGUAUUUUAGUGAAAGUAGGCAGGGAGGAACCAGCUGUUAGUAUGGAUGCCAGUGGCGGAAAAAUAAUCUGGGCCAGGCAUUGUGAAUUGCAGCAGGCCAAUCUUAAAGCAUUGCCAGAAGGUAAAUGUGCAGAGAUCAGAGACGGCGAACGCCUUCCCGUAGCCGUAAAAGACCUCGGCUCUUGCGAGAUCUAUCCUCAGACCAUCCAGCAUAAUCCAAAUGGCAGAUUUGUCGUGGUAUGUGGCGAUGGUGAAUACAUCAUCUACACUGCGAUGGCGCUGAGAAACAAAGCGUUUGGAAGCGCGCAGGAGUUCGUAUGGUCGCACGAUUCUAGCGAGUACGCGAUCAGGGAGACUGGCUCGACCAUCAGGAUCUUCAAGAACUUCAAGGAGAAGAAAAGCUUCAAGUCGGAUUUUGGAGCGGACGGGAUUUUCGGGGGGUUCCUGCUGGGUGCCAAGUCGGUGUCAGGUUUGACAUUCUACGACUGGGACUCAUUGGACCUGGUACGUCGCAUCGAGAUUCAGCCGCGCGCCAUCUACUGGUCAGAUACAGGUCGGCUGGUCUGUCUCGCCACUGAAGAUAGCUACUUCAUUCUCUCAUAUGACGCUGAUCAAGUGGCCAAAGCGAAAGAGGCCAACCAAGUGGCUGAAGAUGGAGUAGAAGCCGCUUUCUCUGUUUUGGGCGAGGUGAACGAGAGUGUCAAGACGGGACUGUGGGUUGGAGAUUGUUUCAUAUACACCAAUGCUGUCAAUAGGAUCAACUACUUUGUGGGAGGAGAGUUGGUGACCAUUGCACAUCUUGACAGGCCAUUAUACUUACUUGGGUACGUACCACGCGACGAUCGACUGUAUCUCAUCGACAAAGAAUUGAAUGUAGUUAGCUACCAACUGCUUCUCAGCGUUUUGGAGUAUCAAACAGCUGUUAUGCGAAGAGAUUUCGCCACUGCCGAUAGAGUAUUGCCAUCUAUACCAAAAGAACAUAGAACCCGAGUCGCUCAUUUCUUGGAAAAGCAAGGGUUCAAACAACAGGCGUUGGCCGUUAGUACCGAUCCUGAACAUAAGUUUGAACUGGCUGUUGCGUUGGAGGAUCUGGACACUGCGCGUCAGUUAGCACAGGAGGCAAACAAUCCUCACAAAUGGAGUCAGCUGGGCGAGUUGGCCGCUUCGACGAACAAUUUGCAGUUAGCAAAAGAAUGUAUGCAGAAAGCCCAAGAUUACGGAGGUCUGUUGUUGUUAGCCACAAGCUCUGGGGAUGAAUCGCUGGUUCGAACGUUGGGAGAAACCACAGAAACGGAAGGAAAACACAAUCUAUCCUUCCUGUCGUACUUUUUGGUGGGAGACUUGAAUAAGUGCCUGGAGAUUCUCGUGAAUACCGGGAGGUUACCGGAGGCGGCGUUUUUCGCAAGGUCCUACUUACCAGAUAGGAUAACCGAAAUUGUGGAGCUAUGGCGAGCUGAGCUAUCCAAGGUAAAUGAAAAAGCUGGCCAGAGCCUCGCUGAUCCCAAGAGCUACGAAAACCUGUUCCCCGGUUUGGCGGAAGCCGUGCAGGCUCAAAAAUUCUUCGAACAGCAUAACAAAGGGCUAGUACCGGCUUCUAAAGCAACCACAGAGACGCCGAAUCACGAACGGAACCUGGUUACUGAGAUGCAGGCGUUUUUCAAGACCGGUGGAACCGUUAGUGCUGGACAGUCCAGCAAAACCUUUGGAGAAGAAUCAAAACAAUUAGUUGAUCAGGAUGAUGAUGAUCUGGAUCUAGACUUGGAUGGGGUCAACCUUGAUGACAAUAUAGAUACCACUGAUAUCAACAUUGAUGAUGACCUGCUGAGCGACUGAACUUAGUUCGUUUAAGUUUUAAUAUAUCAUUACGUUAUGUAAAUUCAUUCCUUACAGAGUAUUUUGAAAAGUAUCAACGCUAUGUAUUUUAUAUGUUUUGUGUACGUUAAUGUUGAUGUAAAGAAAAUGAACCGCGAAAUAUAAUUUACUAUUGUACAUAAA